UUCCGCUUCACCACUUCAUCUCUUCCCUUGCCACAAUUCACUUCACCACGACCUCCCUCCUCCUCACCUGCCUUCCGCUAGGAACAAAUGGCGCUCUCCCUCCGAUCCUCCGUCUGUGCCCCAGCACACACAGCGAUCGCUGCGCUCCCACGAUCAACUGCGAGUGCGUCUCGCGUGGCGCUGGCUGACGGGGCACGGUCAAGGCCACGGCACAGGCCUAUUUCGCUGGACGCGACGCCCGGGCUGUCGCGAGACGGCAGCGGCGCUGUGCAAGCGCGAUCCGUGAGGGCCAGGGCUCGACGCGUGGAGGGGGCAGGCGAAGGUGGCGAGGAGGUCCUUGACGAGGACGUGCGCGUGGGACUGAACGAGGUGUCGAACGAGGCGGUGCGCGCGAUGCUAUCGGAGGACAUCCAGGCGGUGGGCGCCAUGAAGCGCAAGGUGGACGAGGCGGGCGAGUACCUGGUGGCGGAGGGGCACAUGGACGCCGCGCGCUUCAUGCUCGUCGUCAAGGGCAUGCUGGAGCACACGCUGGUACCGGAGGUGGACGACUUGCAGGGGCCCUUCCGCACAGCCUACGACAAGAUGGCCUCCGUCCUGGACGACUCAGGCUGGAUGCUAGCGCCGCCCGGUCAAGAGGGUGGUCCUGAUAUGGUUGAUGAUGAGCUGCUGCCUCCAGUGCUUCGCUCACCAUACGUGUGAGCGAUGCAGCUUGGUCCAAAACACCAAAAUGACAUCCAAGCAACAUCUGCCCAAUCAUUUGGCAACAACCCUAUCCGGAGUUCUCCAUCAGGAAAACUAGACAUGGAAUAUUGUGAAUACCUAGUACUGUAAGAAGUAGGGACUGGUUGGCUGAGAAAGGUCCAUUUUGGUCAGCUUCAUUCAUAAUAACAUCACUGGAGUGCAAUGCUUUCUGUCCAAUCUCCAGUGAGCUUAGCAACUAGGCAUAGGACUAGCGAGAGGUUUAGCUAGGGUAGGAGGAAGUUGAUGAGAGAAAAGAGGUGGACUGGAAGAGAACGAGAU